AUGGCAGAGAAAUGUGAUGUGCUCGAGUAUUAUCGAUCGAAACGGUUGUUCUCUUUCAUUAUCGCACUUAUCUGUUUCACAGUUAUUGUGGUCUUCGUGGAAGAGUAUGCUGAAGAGGGUAACGGAGACUCUCAGAUAAAAUCCAUCUCGAAAACACCGAACGAGGUGUCGAGCACCGACCUAGGACCGUCCGGAAUGUGCUGGUUGAACGAGAAGGUGACUGUCAUCGACUCGUGCGUACGAUGCAGUGAAUUCGAAAUGAAUGCCUUCAAAGCAAAACACUGUACUCCAACCGGGUUCUAUGACCGAGUGAACUGUUCCCAGUCAGGAAUCGUGGCCUUCCGUCCCUGUAAACGUGCCCCAUCAUCUAUCCAACCCAGUUUUUACUGUUUCAUGGUUAUAAACGUUGUUCUGUUACCAUUGAGUUACCUAAUAUCAGUAAAACGUAUCGCUGAACUGAAUCGACUUGCGUAUACACGUGUCACUCAAAGCUUUGAAUGUUGA